CAGACACACACACGUGCGCUUGCGCGGACUUUUGCAGUGGAUCACAGUGUUCAGACAGAAGGUUCAGUCUGUACCGUUAUUAUGGCUCAGAAGGAUUUUUGUAAAUAGGGUUAAAUAGCGACGUUUCACACUUAAAGGUCUUUAAACACCCCGCGGAAUCUGAAAAUUGUUCUAUUUGCAGGAAUACGAUUAAAGAAUCCAUGUGAUUUGUUUAUACUUGGGGCGUUUUAUAUCUUUCUGGAUUUUGAAGAUUUCCAGAUAUCAAAGAUGCUUCUGUCCAAAUUUGGAUCUUUUUCUCACAUUUGCGGCUCUAACAUUGAGCAGUUUCCAGUGAAAAUUCACCUCCAGUCAGCUAAAGUGGAAAAUGAGCAGUUUGAUAAAGUGUACCAUGUGGGCUCGGUGCUGGGAAGCGGGGGAUUCGGGACAGUUUACGCUGCCAGUCGCGUUUCAGACGGUUUGCCGGUCGCUGUGAAACACGUGGCCAGGGAAAGAAUUACCGAAUGGGCCACAGUUAACGGUUCACUGGUUCCUCUGGAGAUUCUCCUGAUGAAGAAAGUGGGAAAUACAUUUCAGGGUGUUAUUAAACUCAUAGAUUGGUACGAAAUUCCUGACGGGUUUUUGAUCAUCAUGGAGCGGCCGGAGACGGUUAUGGAUUUAUUUGACUACAUCACUGAAAAAGGGGCCCUGGAUGAGGACACGGCCAGGGGUUUUUUCCGUCAGGUCCUGGAGGCUGUGCGACACUGUUACAGCUGCGGGGUUUUACACAGGGACAUUAAAGACGAAAACCUGCUGGUGGAUUUACGCACAGGAGACAUUAAACUCAUCGACUUUGGCUCAGGGGCCAAUCUCAAGGAUACAGUGUACACUGACUUCGACGGUACAAGAGUCUACAGCCCACCAGAAUGGAUUCGCUACCACAGGUACCAUGGACGCUCUGCAACAGUGUGGUCACUUGGUGUGCUGCUGUAUGAUCUGGUAUGUGGAGAUAUACCGUUUGAGCAUGAUGAUGAGAUUCUGAAAGGUCAUCUCUUCUUCAGAAGGACAGUCUCUCCUGAGUGUCAGCAACUUAUCAAGUGGUGUCUCUGCUUGAGACCAUCAGACAGACCUUCGUUGGAACAAAUAUUUGAUCAUAAGUGGAUGCAUACAGAGAAAGACUCAAAACCUCUGACCAGGGACAUCACUCUUCACACAAUCUGCACAGACUCCUCAUCCAGCACAUGUUCAAGCAAAGAAAGCCUCUGACAGCAACAGAUAUCCUGGUUGACCCAAGAUGGUUUAGAGUUGUAUUUUUUUAUUAAUUAAAAUUUUAUUUGAAUA